CGUCGGCCAGGGCACGGCACACGCGUUAAAAAAAAACAAAAGAAAAAAAAAGGAUGAGAAGUCAUCUGCUCAGCCAUGCGAACUCAGAGCUCCCGCUGUUCGUCUCCAUCAGUUUCCUCUUGAUUUUUCUGGUCUUCCGCUUUGAUUUCAGAUCGAACUCGGUCUGAUUAGCUUCUGCGUUUCCUUGACUCGGCGUUCAUCUCCUUUAUUCCUGUUCCUUCUCGUCUACUUAGUCUCGUGAUGGAUGAAAACUGGAAAUCCGUUCGAUUAAGGCUCCGGAUGUGUUUUUCUAUGGCGAUUUUUGUGCUUUUCAGCUUCGGUUCGUGUUCUUCGUUGAACGAUGAAGGUUUAGAUUUGCUGAAAUGCAAAGCCAUGGCGGUGAAAGGGUCAUUUUCCUCGUCAUCGGCUUGGAAGAAUCUCGACGGUGGAAUUGAUCUGUGUUCAGAUAGACUAGCGACGGAUUCGAGUGCUGUUGGCUUUCACAGGAAACUACUCUCCCACCGUUUCUUUAACCCAUACGCCGCUUUGUCUGGAAACCGUUCUGCAGCAAUUGUCACACCACCGGCAUCUUCGUCUCCGCCACCUUCUCCAACACCAAUGGCAAUGGAAUCUGUUCCAAUGUCUAAAGAUGUUUCUGCUCCACCCCCAUCUGUGCCUCGCAUGAAAGAAACUCCCCAGACAAAUUCUUCCAGCACAAGAAGUGCUCCGUCUUCUUCAGACAACAACACGAUUCCUAUAGUAGUCGGCUGCAUUGGCGCCGCUGUUUUUCUGAUCCUCUUAGCUACCGGUGUAUUCUUUUUCAGAAGCAAGGCCGGAAAAUCUGUUAAUCCUUGGCGUACAGGUCUUAGUGGACAGCUUCAGAAAGCAUUCGUAACCGGUGUCCCCAAACUCAAAAGAUCCGAGCUUGAAGCUGCCUGUGAAGAUUUCAGUAAUGUAAUUGGAUCAUGCCCCAUCGGUACAUUGUUCAAAGGGACAUUAUCGAGUGGGGUAGAAAUAGCCGUGGCUUCUGUUACUGCUAUGUAUUCCAAAGACUGGAAGGACAAUGUAGAAAUGGAGUUUAGGAAGAAGAUCGAAACGUUAUCGAAGACAAACCACAAGAAUUUCGUAAACCUUCUCGGGUACUGUGAAGAAGAUAACCCUUUCACUAGGAUGAUGGUCUUUGAAUAUGCUCCAAACGGAUCGGUUUUCGAGCAUCUACACUUUAGAGAAUCUGAACACUUGGACUGGGGAAUGCGGCUAAGAAUAGCGAUGGGAAUAGCAUAUUGUCUCGACUAUAUUCACCGACUCAAUCCACCUGUCGCCCACAGUUACCUCCUCUCAUCGACUGUUCAGCUCAUGGAGGAUUACGCCGUCAAAGUCGCUGAUUUAAGCUUCGGGAAUCAACAAUGCCCGUCGGCGAAAGAGAAUAGCUCCAGUGCUCUCAUUGAUACACAGGUCUCGGUCCCAACCCCUGAAGACAACGUAUACAGCUUCGGUGUACUGCUUUUCGAGAUAAUGACCGGAAAACUCCCGGACUCAGUUAACAAAGACGACUCAGUAGACAGCGGGAUCUCGGAUUUCUCGAGGGGAGAGACUCUAAGCAAGAUGGCAGAUCCAAGGCUGGAAUCUUUCGACGGGAAGAUAGAGGAGAUAGGUGAAGUGAUCAAAUCUUGUAUCAAGACCGACCCGAGAGAGAGACCGACGAUGAGAGACGUCGUGGCGAGAUUGAGAGAGAUCACAGGGAUAUCGCCCGAGGACGCCGCCCCGAAACUGUCGCCUCUCUGGUGGGCGGAGCUGGAGGUGAUGUCGACGGCGUGAAAUCGAUUCUCACAAGUAAAACUGUAAGUAUUUCAUAGCUUCGUAAAAUCCAUUAUAAGUUGCUGCAUGUGUGUGUUGUUACCAUACAUAUAUUAUAUUCAUGCAUACAUACAUACAUACAUACAUGUAUGCGUAUUAGUGUACAUAAACACUGCCUGGAAUCUGGUGAAUCUGAUCCAUCUUGGCUGUCAACCAGACGUGUAUGGAAUCGAAAUGCUCAAAUUUUUGUUUGCUGUUAAUUAGUGAUAAUAUAAUAGUAUUGGAUGUUAUUACUGAAUAUAAUAAGUCUAUUGUAAUUUCGGUUUAAUGUGUCGAUUGAUUUAA